AUGCAGCAAGGUCAUUUGUCGCGGCGCUGUGUGGCUCCCAACGCGAUGCUCUUGACUCUGCCGCCGCAGGAUCUGCUCGACCCGUCGCAGCCGGGCUUAACCAACUUUCGUCGCUGCAGAUCGCAGACGGCUCAGCAGUUCUCGGCAAGGUCCUCACUCACGCAGCAGAUGAAGCGUCAUUUGCCCUGGGUGUUGUCAUCAUUCCGCUCGUCGAAGCGGCGCCAACAAGUUGGCCAAGUCAACGGCGAAUGUCAGACCACACGGGUUCAAGGAUGGGACGAUAAAGAAGAGGAGCGGGGAUUGGCGAGCAGCCGAAGCGUGGAUGCGUCGGUGUAUUCGUGGAAUCGGAGUUGGUCGAUGCGAAGGAGUGCGUCCGAGUAUCCGAAUGUGACGACGAUUCAGAUUGAGGACGAGGACGAGGGAAUUGAAGCCAACUAUUGUGGAAGACUGCAGAGGGUCCAACUGCAGAGCGACGACGAAAAUGGCAACCGCGAUUUUUUUGAUACGGUAAAUUUGAUGUGACCGCGGUAAAUUUUGAGGGAAAUUUUGAUGAUAUAUGAGAGCCUGAGGUCUCAAAAACAGUCUGAUAUGUCAUGUGCAUUCGAUCUUUUUUCAAAAAAUUUUUAAAAUUAAAUUUUUGGUUUUUUAUCUCCAAACUUUCAAAAUAUUUCGUACGGUUUAUUCCACAUAGUAUACAUACCAUAAAGUGCAAUUACUGAUAGAAACAAAAAUUUGGGGAUUAUUUUUAUCGAAUUUUCGAAAAUUUUUUGUUGACAUUGAAGAACUUUUUUUAGUGAUACGAUGAUUAUUUCUGACAUAAGACUCUUAUGAUCUUACAGUCAAAAGAGUCAUAUUUCCGGUGAAAACAAUUUUUCGGGAGAUGAAAUGUUAGGGAGAUAUAAAAAAAUCAAAAAAAAGAUAUCUUUUAAAAAUCAAAAAAUAAAAAAAAAAUAUGAUUUUUUUAAGUCUCGCUCAACCUUUCCUUAACCCCAUAUUCACCACAAAAAGACGAGGGGCAAUCAGCCCGCAGACGAAUCUGUUCGCUCUCUGUCAGCCCAGAUCAUCUUCAACAUUCCGAAAAUCGAAAUAUUUUUGCGCAAUAAUUACCCUAUUCCUUAGCGCGUUCCCCUCGCGACGCCCGCUUUCUUUUUUUUUGUAUAUUCGUGGCUUGUUUGGAUUUUCCGAACGGGGGGAAAGUUUGCUUACUGCAAGGUUCUGUUAGAAGCGAAGGAUAUCUUGGGUAUGUGAUUGUUUUCGCAGAUUUUUGGGUGAUUUGGAGGGAUAAUGUGGGCGAAAAAUGGGGUUUUUAUUGAUUUUGAAACAGAAAUUUUGGGAUUUUGAUUGAGUAGAAAAAAUUUAUGGGAUUUUUAUAAUGUUUGGGAAUUUUGAAACAUGAAAAAAUCGAAGAAUUAGAAAGAUCUUCUAAAUAUUUUUUUCUCAAAAAAUUCAAUUUUUAAACUUUAUUUUUUCAUAAAAAGAAUUCAGAUAUUUUAUAUUUUUACAUUUUUUUCGUCCAUGGGAAUUACAAAAAUUAUUUUUGGAAAAGUUUCCUUGGAUCUGGCUUACUUUAAUUUUUUUGAUUUUUCUGCAGGCUGCAAGUCGCGUUAAUUCUAAAAUUGCAAGAAAAAUCGUUUAAUGAUGGUGCCCUUGGUUUUUUAUUUAGUUAUGGUUAAUGUCCCAUCAUCAUGAUGUCUACAAAGCGUAAAAUCUCAGCCAAUAUCAAUCAAAAAACUUUCGGUUCAAUGCUGGGCGCGGCUCGGAAAUUUUUUUUUAGAGUGGCGGAAAUUUUUUGCACCUUUUUAUAUUUUUAAUUACUAUCAGCUCCAAAAAACUUGCAACUAAAACAUUGUCAGUCUACGCUAAAUCCCGUGCCCUAACGUGCAAGACAUUAGGAGAUGGUCGGGUUUUUGCACACCCACCUCUUAUCAGCGACCUCUCGCGUGGCGCCAAUCAAACCUCAAUAAAAGUCGGAGAAGCCCAUUAAAUUGUGAGCUGUAGGUGGAGGAGGUUACCUGCUCUACUGAUUACUGUCUUACAAGAUUAUUUGCAAAGUAUUUUGUCUAUUCUGAAGCUGGAUUAGAUUGGAACCUUGUUUGAGCUAUUGAUUCUGAGAUUUUUCGAUUUUUUGGCAAAAUUAUAGUUUUUCUACGUAAAAAUCAACAUAAAAUUGGACAUAGAGUGAUUGCCAAUACUUCAAAAAUGUUGAAGGAUCUACUAAAAUUAUUUUUUAUUCAACCAGCAUCAGUUGUUUGUCAGGUAAAAACUCGGGAUUUUUUGGAGAAAAAUGGGAUUUUUUGGUCAUAAAAACAUACAAAUCGAAAGUUAUGAGGUGUAAAUACCACAAACAAUGAUUUUAUUCUAAUAAAAAAAUUUUCUCAUAUCAAUAAAACGAGAUUUUUUAAUUUUUCAAAAACUUUCAAAAAUCCAAAAUUUUUUCUACCUCAAUUUCAACCACAAAACUUCUAAAUUAGAAUAUCCACCUUCCUUUCCUUCCAAAAAAACCUUUUUUCCUGUGAUCCAAUUCUCAGAAUAUUUUUCUCAAACCUCCCAGUAAUUUCCUCCUUUCCUUUGAUUAGGUUGUUGCGCAAUGGAAUUUCUCUGCACUCGGAACAACAAAGUCUUGGUAUUUGGGGUGAAUUACAAGUAGACGGGUAACAUGUUGUUCCGUAGAAAUUCAAUUGUUGGCAAAGUUAGGGCAAGAUUGCCAAACAGGGUGGUGAAAUGCGCCGAAAUGGUAGGAAUUUUGGGGUUUUUAGGGGAUUUUAGGGAAUUUUGAGACAUUCUAGAAAAAGUAAGUAACAAAAAGAUAGAUUUAGGGACAGAAAAUAUGAUUUUAUACCCAAAUAUGGCAAAAAAUUUUUUGAGAUUUUCCAAAUUUUUCCACCAAAAAAUAAAAAUUUCAAAUUUUUUAAAAAUAAUUCGGAGUCCUAGAUCGGCCACUUUUCAAUAUAGCAAUAUAAUUUUCCAACUUUUUUGUAUAUCCAUUACAAUUCCGCCCGCUUCUUCCUCCAAGAUCCCACUUUUUGUAUAUAAUAUUUAUCUUUUUUUUCUGUUUGACGCGUGCGGACUAUUUGCACAGAACCGUCUCUCCGGGCGCUGUGGGAUAAUUUUGUGGAUCCUCCUCCUGGUCAUUAAGUGUGCAAAAAGAAUCCUGAACGCGUUACAAAACCGCAAAAAACAAAAAAAAAUUAGACAAGAAAUGGGGAUUGGGGAACUUUAGUCAAGGGUUCUUUUACGUUGGGAAAUUGGCGGUUGUAAUGGUGGUGGGAUAAAGUUUGGGGAAGGUAGAGGAUUUUUGUUGAAAUUUUUAUUGGUUUUGGCUGAAAUCUGUUUUAAAAAAAAAUUUCGGAAUUUUGGGGAAGUUUGGCAGAACGCCAAAUUUGGCGGGAAAUUUGAUUUUUUGAAAUUAAAAGAUUUUCUGGCCGAAUAAAACGAGCUAUAUUUGCCAUUUUGAGUAUUUUGAGGCAUUUUUGGCAAAUUUCCAUACGGUUUUACUGCUUAAAACAGAAUGCCAAACUUGCCGGGAAAUUUGAAUUUUUUGACUUUAAAAAUUUUCUGGCAUAGUAAAACGAGUUCUAUUGGCCAUUUUUGAGUAUGUUUAGCCACUUUUGGCAAUUAUACAAACCUUUUUAGUGCUUGAACCGGAAUGCCAAACUUAGUGGGAAAUUUGAAUUUUUGAAAUUCGAAUAGUUUCCAUUGUUGUAAAAUGAUUCCUGGAGUUGAGCAUAAUUUUAAGCAUUUUUCAUCAUGAAAACAGAAUGCCAAUUUUGGCAAAAAUCCCAAUUUUUGAAAUGUUUCAAAAUCCCCAAAGCCAACAAUUCCCCUCUCGGAACGGUUAAAAAAAGCCUCUAACGAAUUUCUUGGAGAUUGAUUGAUCCCUGUUCCGUCAUGUUUGUUCAACCGCUUAGGCCCAUUCUUCUGAUUAUUAUGCCCUGGGGGAUUUUGCUGUGAAACUCUCGCUCCGUCUUCAAAAUGGGUGCAGCCUGAGGCGAAAAACUAAAGGAUUGGGCAAAAAAAUUUCUGCGGCCGAACAAUUGGCCGCAAAAAGUUAUAUUUUCAUAUUUUGGAGGAACUAAAAUUAUAUCUUUGAUGAAGUAAUGGAGAGAAAGGCGUUGUCCAAGCGUCGGAACUUUUCGUUGAGUCCGAGAGUGUUGCGGAGGAGCCGGAGCAAGAGUAGAAAUGUGAGGCGACUGUUAAAAAUUAAAAUAAAAUUAAAUGUUGGCCGAAAAACGAGAUUUUUAACCAAAUAUCGGAAAAAAAUUUGAGUUUUUUUGGCCAAAAAAUCUCAAAGUUGGGGAAAUUUCAAAGAAUUUUUUGAGUAAGUAUAAUGAUUGUUCUUUUCAGCGUCAAAUCGAAGUCCUCCACGACUUCUCCGACUUCCCUCCGAGCACCAGUUCCGAAGUUUCGACUCCGAUCGCUUCAAAUUCCCCCACCCGAGGAAUGGCGGCCAUGGAAUUGGCGAGUCCGCAGCAAUACCACAACCACUGUUUGGCCAGCACCUCCAAGGCGGCAUAUGUGCUCGAUGAAUUGGUAGGUUUCAAAAAUAAAAUUAUGAUUUUUUGGCGAAAAAAUAGAACUUUUUUUGCUUUUCUGAGAAUUUCUUGGUAAAAUACGACCUCAGUUGUGUUUUUUUUUUAUAAAAAAGAUUUAUUAUGCCUUUGAAAUCAUUUCUAUUCGUUUUUGAAAAAGAAAAAAAAAUCCAAUAACUCUUUGUGACAUUUCGUCAAAUUUUUCGACGAAAUGUCAAAUAUUCAAAAAUCGCUUUAAUACGCUUCUCCCCAUCCCCAAAUUUCUCUGUGUUCUCAAUUUCUCAAUUUUAACUGCUCUUUUUCAAAUUUUAUCACCAUUUUUUGCAAGAUCUGCUCCUUUCGGCUCUAAAAAUCACGCUGGCUCAGAUGAUUUUCCCCACACCGGCGCCAGAGGACGAGACAAAGCUCCUUAUGUCGAAAAAAGACCAUGAAAAAACCGCUGGCGCCAGAAGUUUUUUGAUUGUUAUCGACUACAAAGACUUCGAAAAAAAAUUUGACGAUCAAAAUUUUUUUUUCCAAAAAAAGGCCGUAAAUGUUUCGAUCAUUAUCUGCAAUUAAUUUUAUGGCAAUUUUACGACUUUUUGGCGGAAAUGCGUAAAGGCUUUAUCGGAGAGGGCGUAAAGGUUAUUUUUGUGAAAUUUCGGGCGUGAAAUUGAUAAGAAAAUAAUGAUAUUGUAGUAGGUUGUGAUCCCAUAAUCUGGCUGGAAAGUUACUGAGCGUUUUGUAAAUUUCAAAAAAAAACGUAUUUUUUUGAUUUUGAAACUCCACAAAUACAAAAGAAUGCUUUUCUCGCCAUUUGGAGAAUAUUCAAGAAAAUUGACGAAAUGUCACAAAAUUUAUUGGAUUUUUUAAAGUUUUAAAGUUCGGUCUAUAUGUGCAAAAAAUCUCUCUGACAACAUCUAUAAUCACUUAUUUUUUCAGCUAACCACCGAGAAGACGUAUGUCCGAGAGUUGGAAAGCAUAGUGGAAUAUUAUGUGAAUCCUUUCGAGAAUCCAGAAAAUGAGAAACAUCUUCCAGAAGGUCUUCGAGGGCAGUCGAGUAUUAUCUUUGGAAAUUUUAGAGACUUGGUAAGCUGAUUUUUUUGAAUUUUGAGGUUUAAUUUUAAACACGUUUUAUUUUUUUUAUUUUUCAGAGUUUUCAAUUAUUUUUCUCAUUUUCAGUACGAAUUCCACAACCGCCAUGUCCUCCCCGACUUCCAAAAAGCCCAAUACUCUCCAGUGCUCUUGUGCCACAUCAUGAUAAACUUCCGAAAUCAUUUCCUCAAACUCUACCGGCCCUACUGCCAAAACAAGCCCCAAUCCGAAGCCUUACGGCGAGAUCUGGCCGCCGACGGAUGCCGAUUCUUCGCCGAAUGCCAAAAGAAAGCCGGUCAUCAGCUUCCGUUGAGUGCGUACUUGCUGAAGCCUAUCCAACGGAUCACGAAAUAUCAGUUGUUGUUGAAGGAAUUGCUGAGGCAUUGCCAAGACGAGGGAAAUGAGGAGAUAAAACAUGAUGUUCAAGCGGCUUUGGGUUCAAUGUUGGACUUGUUGGCGCAGAUUAACGCGGACAUGCAGCAACUGCACAUCUUGGGAUAUGCUGUAAGUUUUUUUCGAUGGGAAAAAAAUUUUUAGUUUUUUUUUGAAAAAAAUCGAAAUAAAGUAAAUUUUAUUUCAAAACCUGUUCUCCCGUAUUUUAAAUUUUAUUUACUGUAUUUCCACUCCAUUUUUUUAAAUUUUUUUGCUUGAAAAAUCGUUUUAUAGGUUUCCAAUAAUUUUGUGACAUUUCGUCAAAAACUGUGUCGAAAUGUCAAUUUCAAAAAUUUUGUCGAGUCUAGCUUCCCCAAGAUCUGUUGAGCAUGGUAAUUUGAAAAUUAAAAUUUAUAAAGACAUGUGGCGAAGCUUUAGACGAAAUGUCAACUUCGAAAUUAUUGAUUUUUUUUUCAUUUUCGAGCAAAUUUUUUUAAAAAUACCUCCCAUCUUGACUCAGUAAUAUAAGUUAUAUUUUUUCAGGGAGAUCUCCGUCUUCUCGGUCCGCUCCGCCUCCAAACCGAGUGUGAAGUCUACACUUUCAAGCGAAAAUCACGUCGUCUCUCCAACAAAUGCCAAAAACGUCAUCUCUUCCUGUUCGACGGUGGGAUUCUCUUCUGCAAAAAGCGAACCCAGCCCGUUCCCUACUCACCGGAGUUCUACGAGCACAAGUUGUGCAUUUACGCGCAGAGUUUGGGCUUCGCGGAGUGUUCGAAGCAGUCGGCGGACCGUUUCGAGAUUUGGGACGAACAGAAAUCGGAUGGAUUCGCAAUCUUCGCGUCGGACGAGGUGGCCCGAGCCAAAUGGAUCCAACGACUCGCUAAAAUGACCGUUUUGCAUGCGCAGCAACAGAAGGAAAGCGUUCAGAAGACGAACAGUAGUUCACGACCGCAUUCCUGGACCUCCGAGUCCACGGUCUCGUCGAGGAGUUCCAACUCGGCGUUCGACGAGAAUCCGGCCGAUUCCAUCAACGACAACAACGGGAAUCCGUCGUCGCCGACGUCCGAUCAUCAUAGUGCGACCAGUGGAUCGGUGAGCAGUCGAAGGAGCUCCAGUCAUACGGCUUCGCUGGGAAGCGACGCCGAGAACAAUACGCCUUUGCCGGUGUCGAAGAGCCUUCAGAAUACGGCGCUACUGGGUCAUGCGGUGUCUGAAGUUUGA